AAACUCACACAGUUGCUGUUACUGAGAGCAGCAAUGGAGCAGAAUCAGCUGGACCAAGAAACUUUCUCCUGUUCGAUCUGUUUGGAUCUACUGAAGGAUCCGGUGACGAUUCCCUGUGGACACAGCUACUGUAUGAACUGCAUUAAAAGCUUCUGGGAUGAAGAGGAUCAGAAAAGAAUCCACAGCUGCCCUCAGUGCAGGAAGACCUUUACACGGAGAUCUGAUCUUGGGAAGAACAUCAUGUUAGCAGCUUUAGUGGAGCAGCUGAAGAAGACUGGACUCCAAGCUGCUCCUGCUGAUCACUGCUAUGCUGGACCUGAAGAUGUGACCUGUGAUUUCUGCACUGGAAGAAAACUGAAAGCCAUCAAGUCCUGUUUAAUCUGUUUGGCCUCUUACUGUGAAGAACACCUUCAGCCUCAUUCUAACGAGCCUCAAUUAAGGAAUCACAGGCUGGUGGAGCCGUCCAAGAACGUUAAGGAGAACAUCUGCUCUCGUUACGAUGCAGUGUCAACUGCAGUAGGAAGGACUGAGAGGCAGAGAGAGCUGAAGGAGAGACGAGGAAACAUCCAGCAGAGAAUCCAGGACAGAGAGAAAGAUGUGAAGCUGCUUCAACAGGAGGUGGAGGCCAUCAAUCAUUCUGCUGAUAAAACAGUGGAGGACAGUGAGAAGAUCUUCACUGAGCUGAUCCGUCUCCUCCAGAAAAGAAGCUCUGAUGUGAAGCAGCAGAUCAGAUCCCAGCAGGAAACUGAAGUGAGUCGAGUCAAAGAUGUUCAGGAGAAGCUGGAGCAGGAGAUCAGUGAGCUGAAGAGGAAAGACGCUGAGCUGGAGCAGCUCUCACACACAGAGGAUCACAACCAGUUUCUCCUCAACUACCCCUCACUGCCAGCACUCAGGGAGUCGACACACUCAUCCAGCAUCAACAUCCGUCCUCUGAGACACUUUGAGGACGUGACAGCAGCUGUGUCAGAGCUCAUAGAUGAACUACAGGACGUCCUGAGAGACACAUGGACAAACAUCUCACUGAAAAUCUAUGAGGUGGAUGUUCUACUGUCAGAACCAGAACCAAAGAGCAGAACUGGAUUCUUAAAGUAUUCAMGUGAAAUCACAAUGGAUCCAAACACRGYUMACAWWAWKMUGGYWCURUCAGRKGGGAACAGGAAGGUKACRKKRAUGRAUCRRYRUCAGUUUUAUCCCAGUCACCCAGASAGAUUCACUCACUUCAUUGAGGCUCUGAGUAGAGAGAGUCUGACUDGACGUUGBUACUGGGAGGUGGAGUGGAGCGGUUUAGGGGUUUUUGUAGCAGUCGCAUACAAGAACAUCAGCAGAGCAGGAAGUGGGAAUGAAUGUAGAUUUGGAUAUAAUGACAAAUCCUGGGCAUUUUCUUAUUAUAAAAAUACCUCUAAAUUUGGUCACAACAACAUCUGGACCCCUGUCUCAGGUCCAGUUUCCUCCAGAGUCGGAGUGUACCUGGACCACAGAGCAGGUAUUCUGUCCUUCUACAGAGUCUCUAAAACCAUGACUCUGAUCCACAGAGUCCAGACCACAUUCACUCGGCCGCUACACGCUGGAGUUUCUGUGUUUCCUGGAGGUUUGGCAAAGUUUUGGAAACCCAAGUAGUCAAGAUCUACUAAAGUUUGAUUUUUGUUGUUUUUGUUUUUCAUGAUCAUUGUGAGUUUAUGUCUAAAGUGCUCAGAAAUCAAUAGACUGAAUAGACGACCAUUGUUUUUCUUAAAAUCUGAUGUUCUGGUUUUGUUGAAUCUGUUCAUUUCUUGACGUUCCUCAAGAUGAUCAGCACAAGAAUGCCUAUGAUUGUUGCUUUUAGCACAAAAGAUUGUGGACAAAUGAGAAUGAAACAGUCAUGAACUCUGCCGUAGUGGCGCAGAG